UCCUCUCCCAAAUUUCUCAUUCCUCUAAUUCUCCCAAUUAUCUUCACCUUCGUAUAAAUCCAUACAUACACACACAGAUCUCUCUCUCUCUCUCUCUCUCUCUCUCUAUAUAUAUAUAUAUAUAUAUAUACGUAUAUUAUACAAAUUCGUGGGUUUAGCUGAAAGAGUGGUUUUUUUUUAGAGACAAUGGAAGGAAGAAAGAAGAAGGCUGCUGCUUCUUCUUCUUCUUCUUCCUCGUUAACCUCUGAGCUAUUUGGUUCAAGAGAAAAUCCUUCUUCUUCUCCUUCUUCUUCCUCUUCCCGGAUUUUCGAAUCGAUUUUCGCUCCUCCUUCCAAGGUUCUGGGAAGAGAAUCUAUGCGACAACAGGAGGCUGUGACUGGUGUCUGGAACGACAAAAGCUCAAAGACUGGUGAUGUUGGUAGAAACAGGGAACAACAAGAGAAUCUUGGCCAAAUUUAUCAGGACCAGAGUGUACAACCUUGUCAUCUUAGUUCUUCCAUCUAUUACGGUGGCCCAGAUGUCUAUUACCAGCCUCAGAAUUCGAGCGUCAACUCUACGAACAAGAAAGACGGAGGCGAAGAUGAUUCCGGAAGUGCCUCAAGAGGAAAUUGGUGGCAAGGAUCUCUGUAUUACUAAGUAGAGAUCUUGAUACUUAGCUAAUGUUAUAAAAUACGAAAACAAGGUACAUAGGAACCAAAGAAAAAAACAGAGAGUAGUACUGGUGGAUCUGUUUAGUAACUUCUCAUCUUAUUAUUACAAAAAGUAUGGAAGAAGUUUGAAGUUAGGUGCUAAGAAACAGGGGAGGUUUUUUUUCCCUCAAUUAUAAUUUAGAUAAGCCGUUGAUGGUUUUGUACAAAACUCUAUAGAUUUCCAGUUUCCACGCAUAUAAAUAAAUAAGUGAACUUUUUUUU